ACUGAUCCCAGCUGUGACCUGACUGAGUUCUUACACCCUAAUGGCACAUGUGUUGCCUGCCCUGUAUGUGGGCCUGGAGAACAGCUCUCAGAGGACUGUGGUUUUGGGGAUGCUGGUAAAGGUGUUUGUAUUCCAUGUGAAGAGCGGAGGUUCAGUGCAGAUACAGGUGUAGCUCCUUGCAUUCGAUGCACCCAGUGUAAUCUGCUCAACCGCCCUCUGAAGUCAGCAUGCUCAUCCAUCAGUGACGCCCAGUGUGGUCAGUGCCUCCCAGGGUAUUAUGAACUCAGGAGCAUGACGGGGGAAGCUGAGCUGCUAUGUGUGCCUUGUAACAGUCAUGACACAGCCCAUAAAGAGUGUUUCCAUCUAACAGCUCAAGGAUCCAAAGAUUUCAAAGAACCCAAGGAGCAGAGUGUUAAAGAAGAAACCUUUUCAGUGGUCUUGAUUGGUUCAGCAACAGCUUCCGUUGUCUUUCUGGUUGCUCUGCUGCUUUGGGCUUUCCUUCUGACUGCAGAGAGAUUCAAGCAGAUUCCUGAGCUCUGUCCUGUGCCUGAAGCACUGUUGUCUGUAGGGGACCUUCAAUACGAACCUUUGUGCAGGACUACAGAGACAGAAGCCAGACAAUCAGAGGCCUCUUCAGAGGAGCUUCUUCCAGAUAAAGAUCCCCCCAGAGGCCUUAACUCACUGAGCCAUGAGAAUGAGUUGCCCCCUACUUCUAUUGUGAUUAAUGUCACCACCAAUAUUAAGCCAUCCAGCAAGAAAGAGGAGAACGUCUCACAGCAGGGACAGCAAAGCCGCUGUGAUACCAAGGAGGAGAAAUAUCAGAUGGAACAACAACUUCAGAAAAUUUGGGAGGUGGCUCAAGGUUAUCGCUCACCUCAGAGACUUCCAGGACCUUUUUCAGUACCUGCGCACCUCCACGUACACACUGCUGCCCCAGCUGGCCCAGGCUGCUGCUCUCCUGCCUAAUCCUCAGGUUGUUGCUAGGAUACACAAAGCUGUGGUGAACAAGUGACCACUUAGACCUUAAGGAUGUGUAACCAUGGUACCAACUGUGGAACAGUGGAUGGAUCUAACUACAUUUAUUGUUGGGGUUCAAAGACAUUCAUCUCUCUGUAAUUAAUUGAUUUUGAGCAAAUUAAAAUAAAAACCUGA